CCUCUCACACACUCUGGACUACACGCUGCACCAAACAAAGGAGAAAGACUUUUAAUAGAGAUCCAAAUCGACUGUAUUGGACAUUUCCCGCGUGGUCGUCUCAUCAGCAUCAUGAACUCCGCGUGCUUCUUCUCCUUCUUGCCUGUUGCUCUCAUUCUGACGGCGAGCCCUUGUUCUAUCACUGCAGUUUCAACCAGAAGGUGUCAUUCCAUCUACAAGAGCUUUGCCGAGUGUCUCAUGGCUUUGGGCGACAGUCUGACAGACAACGCACGCAAGGAUGAAGACACACAUGAGAUACAUUCCAUCUGCAGGUCGUGGGAUGAGUUUCACGACUGUGCCAACGCAGCGAUGGCCGGAUGUCCGGAGGACGCAGCGACCGUGUGGGAGUCUCUGCGCCAGGAAUCCAAGAAAAUGCAGUUUUCAGGAAACCUUUACGACAUGUGUUCAAACCGCAACAGUCACACAUUAACCUCAGCGUCCCCGCAGGGUUCCCACAUCCAGGGAGAGCUCAACCAAGAGUCUUUAAGAGGGCGAGUCAGUCAUUUGGCAGCCUGCUACCACCCUCUCAUGCUUCUGUCUCUUCUUCUCUUACACUUGUUUUGAAUAGAACUGCCUCAACACAAUGGGACUUGUGUACAUAUGAACUUUGUGCAUUUUCCUCUUCAACUUCACUGUCCACUUUUUCCUCAACAUAAGAAGAGAGGCAUGCACGCUAUCUUUCUGUAUUUUAAUCUUUCAUGCAGCUAUAAGUCGACAAUGUGCCGAACUGCAACAUGUACAUAGUUAAAUAGUGAGAUGUUUAUAGCAGCUGAGGUAGAAAUGCUCCUCUGCAACCACAUAUUGUCACUGUGUUCUCCAGAGACCCCAUGCUUGAUGAGUCAGACCCAUUUAUGAGCCAUCGCGUGAAAUUCCUGGAUCGAUCGGAUCAGAUUGAUCACACUCAAAGAAUACAUACAGUCAAUGAUGCCACUGUAGAGUCACUCUUUGUCAGACAAAAACUCGCAAACUUAUACUCUCUUGGAGCGACUCCGUUUAUUCAACUCGGCUCCACUCAACUCACACGUGAACGGCAUAACACUCAACAACUGUUCCAUUCAGUCAUCCUCGCUCUCCAGGCAUGACUAAUCGAUUUAAACGUAAUCCGACUGUUGCAUUAUUAAAUUAACUAGUCUUAACUAGUUCCCCUGAUGAUGAAAAGAUUAUUUAAUGAGGUAUCAUGGAAAAACACAUUUCAUCAUUUUCAUCGUUUUUCCCAAUGCACUUUUUAUUUAAACUUGGUAAUGUUCGAGUUUUGUUUUAAAUGGCGCUUUUGGGGUUUACACAAUCAGAAUGAUGUCGAAGGGACAUGUUUUCUACAAAUUAUCCAAGAAAAUGAUCUACUUUGACUUUACUUACAAAUGUUAAGACAAUGGUCCUCCAAGGAGGAAAAUCAAAAUUUGGUGACACACUUAAGGCAUUCAUUGACUGCAAAGGAUUCAUUAUUUAUGUAUGAAAAAUUAUGGUUUUGUUUACAAAUCUCUGUAAUUCCUUAAUAGAAUUAUUGCGGUUUUGUGAAACCCCCAAGUCUCCAGUGUAAUCACAUUUUGGUCGUUUUAUCUCAAAUCCAUUGUUAUGGUUUAUGAAGGCAAAGUCAUAAAAGCACUCCUACUGGCCAAAUACUUCUGGACCAAAUUGCAUAUGCUCCCUUUUCUAUAAGGCAAGGCAAGUUUAUUUAUAGAGCACAAUUUGUACACAAGGUAAUUCAAAGUGCUCUACCGAAAAGAAGGGUAAAAUCCCUUCAUAAAACAUAAAAUCAUGAUAAAAUCAUUACAUUGUUGAAUAGAACUGUUUUCAGUCUGGGAUUGAACAUUGACAAAUCUGAGAAUUGUUGCACAUCUUCUGGAAGAUUUACAGAUUUUGGCAACAUAAAACUGAAAAAGAAAAUCCUGUUCAGGGUCACAGUGAAGAAUGAGUGAGAGGUAAAGUACACCCUGGACUGGUCCCCCGGGCCAUUGGUGAGGUAUUGGGAUUCUUGAAAGACAAUUAUGUGACACACUAAUGUGCACACUACUAAUGACCAGUACGUAUACUGGAUGUAGAUUUUUGUUCAGAACAAUCUUUAGGGCACAGCAAUAUUACACCUGAUGUGUAUUCUUUAUCUAUGAGAUAUAAUUACUCUCUAAUUGAUGGCCCAAGUUGACAUCUCUAUGAAUGCAUAUCAACACACAAAAUGGGAACUUAUUCCAAGUUAAACGACGGCCUGGGUUCAGCUCUGAAAUCUCUACAAAAAACACAGUGAACCUGCAACAGUCAUUUAUCACAAUAGAAUUCAAUUAUCACCAUCAGAACGGAAAAACUGCGAAUUGUUUUCAUGAUUAACACAUCACUUAAAAAACAGACAAUUACAUUAAGGCAUUGACAUAACGUGCCGGAAAUGAAUAAUCACUCAAGAUUAGCGGUUCUCAGCCUUUUUUCAGUAAAAUACCACCAGCGUAAUAGUUUUUCUGCCGAGUACGGUGAACCGUAGAAGCACCAGGCAUGAUCAUUGGAACAACAGGCUUGGAUUGCAGGUUUGAAUUAUGUGACAACAGGAACAAUACCGUAUUUUGUGGCCGAUAAAUCGCUUCAGGGUAAGUCAAAGCAGCCAAAAAUGCACAAUGAAGAAGAAGAAAAACAUAUAUAAGCCACACUUUUUGGGGUAAAUUUACUUUAUAAAAUCAGAGACCAAGAACAGACAAUUCAUCUUAAAAGGCAAGUUAUAGUAAUUACAAUAAAAUGGAGAACUACAGACUAAAUAGGCGUCUGUUAAUGUAGCGUGAGUAUGGGGUAUGUUAAUGUAACAUGUUAACAGUUAUUCAGCUAACUAAAGCCUAAACAACAUAAAAAUAACUCAUUUACUUGCAGCUUGUAAUCUGCAGAAUAUGAUUUUCUUUUUGGGGGGCGUUAGUGUUUCGUCUUUCUCAGUCCCUGUCCACAUGGGAACUUUCGGGAAAAAGUUGCUUCCACACUGUGCCGGAUUAGUAAAUAGUUGCAUCCAGACGGGAACGCUAUCACUAAGUGAAAACAAAGUAAUACACAAGACGCACCUACGCGUGGCGCAGUGAACAAGCACGCAGACGGAACCACGUGAUACUCCAAACCAUAGAAGAAGAAAGAACAAAUGCGCAUAAAUCAGUCGUCUUCCGCUUACGAGAAGCGGAUCACUUCUGCAAGUCAUUAUGGACUAUAAGACAGGAGAAUGUCGACUGAGGUGAGUCAUGUCCAUCGAAAUAUUCAGAUAUCAUGUCUGCUUGUCGUCAAAGCUCACUUCUGCUCACGUGACACCGACGAGGCGGCGGUGGGUCUGUGACGUCAUGAUUCUCGUAUUGCCUGUCAACAUGGCAAUGACAAGCCGGCGUUUUCAGAUGUUCCAGAUCACUCUGGAAGCCGUUUUCAAAAAAUACCGUUUCAGGUUACCCAGAACGCCGUUCCCGUGUGGAUGAGAGGCUGUAACAAUAAAAUACUUUACUGUUUUGACCUGAAAACGUUUCUGUGUGGAUAGUCCCUGAGUUGUCAUAGAUUGAUGUUUACAUUGUAAAUUUUCAGUGGUACUGGAGUGAUAUGCGUGGCAGAGACUGGCACACAAGCCUACAGCGCCCUCUCGUGGCUGUCAGUGUGAGAAAAAAACAUAUACUCUUUUAAGUCCCUCUGGAGUAUACAGUAUGUCGCAGGACUAGCCAAACCAUGAAAAAAGUGCGACUUAUAGUCCGGAAAAUAUGGUAAUAAUAAUAAUCAUAAUAAUAACACAGGCUACUGUUGCAGCCGUAACUCACGCAGAGCUAAAACUCAACUCUGAAGCCGCGAUGUCACAUCCGGAACACAUUUACAGCAAAACACACGAGCACAAGUUUUAUUUAUGUCUUAAAUUGAAUAUUUUCUCUGAUUAUAUCUACUAUAUUGUGUAAUACGAAUGUAAAUGUGACUAUAGGGGUGUUGUUUAAUGUCUGGAGGGCUCUAACAAUGUUAAAAACCAUAUUUAGAAGGAAGCUUUUCUAUGCCAUAUCUAUGAAAAUAUUCCAUUUAUAAAGAAGGACUCUGACUUGGCCUAAAUUUGCUUAUCAUGGUCGGAUGUGGAACCAAUUAAACACAAUGAACAAGGGAUUACUGUUUAUCUCUAAACUCUCAUAUACCCCCUGGAAUUCCUUCAAGUAUCCCGAGGUUUACUCGUGCCUCCAUUUUUUCUUGGAAAGUUUUGCAACAUUCACUCGUUGUUUGUUUGAAUAUAGAGCGAGGAGAAAUAGCUGAGGAGUGGACUGCAGGGCAUAGUGUUUUGCUGGCGUGACACAGCAGUUUCCUGUACAGCAUACUGUAACUUCUGUAGCUCAAGUCACUGGGAAGUGAAAGUGUGCUUGAGCUGUUUUUUUUAAUUGGUUCUUGCCCAGGUCUGGAAUCCUCUAGGGCUCCUUCUUGGCAUCCUGCUCCAUAGCGCUACAUUAUGGGACCAAUAUGUGCUCCUGACAGCACUGCAGCCCGAUCACAAGCCAAGUGUAUUUCAUGCUCCGGGAAGUGUAGUUUGAGCCCGCCGGCCUGCUGGAAAUGUUUGUUAUUUGAACUGGCAACGGAGAACAGAUGCUUUUGUCUGGCUGAGGAUCAGAAAUACUGUCAAAUUAAAUGGGGGAAAAAUAGAUGGAAAACAAUCACUGUUCCUCCCACUUCACAUGCACUAAACCGAAUCCACUGUUGAGCUGUGAGUGUUUAACACAGACGGCUUUAGGUCUACUUUUUGUUUUGACUUCAAAUAAAUCAAGGCUGGUCCUUUCAGCGCAAUCUGUCGACACACAAGCCCUCAAAAGACAAAUUCACACUUUGAGAAAGGUGAACAGGCUUAAAAUUGCCACGACAAAAGAGAUCUAAGGAAGGACAUAUCCUGACCUCAUGCCUUGAGCGUAUCUAUUUUGCUAGGGGCAAGUUCACAAAAUGUACCUACUGGACAAGAACAUCAAACCAAGCACUUUUCAAAUGGUAUUUGGAUUAUGUUCUAUAACUUAUGUACAAGGUCAUUUAGGAUAUUAACGUCAAAGCGGAGACUUUUCACCAUCAAAGCUUCUGCUAUUCUUGUUACACAAAAGCUGAAAAAAGUCAGGACUCUUGGGUUUGGAUUUGGGUCACUGGAACUGUGAGAACACGCUGUAUGUAGCUGCAGAGACCCAUGAGCAAAAAACACAGCUAAUUUAAGGAUAAGAGAAGGAACAUAGAGUGUAAAAAUGAAAAAUCUCCACUCAACCAGCUUUUACAUAGGGGAUACUUCACCCAGUGAUAUGCUAGGUCGGGUUUAAGAAGCUACUCUAGUUUUAAACUUUAAUUAAACUGUCAGAAUUAGUACUUGGGGGCCUUAAUCACCGACUUGCAGCAAUUUGGAAACCAUUUCUAUGCAGAUAAGUUGUGGCCCUCGGAGGAUAAAUCUACGUAAAUCAUGAUGAAUGGAUAUACUGGGUUGACUGUGUUAUCUCAUUUGGGCAGAAUUCAUCACUUUGUGCUCAAAGACUAGAUAGGACAGCUCUAAUGUAGACAACAAGAACAAUUUCACAACACUCGUUACGAUACAAUGGAGUGGGGCCUCUGCCAGCCAACAACGGUCCUGAAAUGGUUCUUGUUUGGGUAUGUUGCUACCUUAGAGCAUAAAUACUUUAGAUCCUGCACCAUCCCCUCACACUAGAGGUAUCCUAUGUAGUCUUUGAGCAUGAACAGAUGACGCCUGCUGAGCUGGGAGGCAGAAAAUCAAUGCCAUGAGAAUACAAUUACCUGGUUAAAUGACAAUAUUCACAGGUAUCGGGUCAUGUGCAUUCCAUGUUGCAUACACAGUAGCCACCCGUGGUUGUAGAAAACAUUAUUAGCUUAUAGCUUAUUCUGGACAGAUUUAAAAACUGUAUUUUUGUAUUUAGUACAUUUGCUUGUUUUUUCACUGCAAAGGAAAUUGAAUGUUGACUUGUUUGGCCAUUAUUUCCCAGCACUGGAAUUGAUUUGAAUUGAAUUCAAACUAUUUAGGACAUUUUAAUUUGUUGCCAAUAGGAAGGUGGAAGUUGAUGAGGUGAAUUGAUCAUUGAUUUGAAUAACACACCCUUCAGAAAACUAAAGAACAUGUGAUUUAAAUGAGGAAAUCUUCAGCAUUUGCCGUGACUUCAGCAAUCAACGACCAUGUCAGAUAUGCUCGUAAUACUCGAUUGUUAAUAUUGUUGUUUGAAGUACAACUAGUACUUGCGUGAGGGGGAAUCACAUUUUAAAGGAGGAAAAUAAAAUAGUAGUAGGUCUAUCAGCCAUAAUAAAAAAAAUACCAAUUUCAUUUUGCAACAAGCGCCUUAGUUCACCCCUCAUCUAUCAGUUUCAAAAUCCUUGUUGGUAGGGAUGUCCGAUAAUAUCAGCCCAAUAUUGGCUUAAAAAUGCCAGUCAAUAUCGGUAUGUGUGUUUUUUCCUACAAUGAAAGCCGAUAAUAAACAUAAUGCUGUAUAUACAGUAGACCUAUGGGCUCCCGUAUUUGUUGGCGCGCAAAAGAUGACCUCAUCAGACCGCCUCUCAAGUGUGUAAACAAACAUGGAUGGCUAGUAAGUACAAGCUCGCUCCUUCCAUCCAUCCUUUUUUUUUGGCGCCUAUCCUCACUAGUAGGAAUGUUACAAUUCCCGGAAGUAAGCGACGGUAAAAUCUGACACUGUCUGUGUGUACUCGAUUAGGAGAGUCCGUGGCGACCUCUGUGAAAAUGCUGCUUUUUCAUACGAUAUCCCGUGUAUUUUCAUUCAUAUAAUGUACAUCUUUCUUAGGUAAAUUACUUUUCCUCUUCAAUUUGGUAUUGGAUUUAUAUUGAGUGACUUUUAAAACAAAUGUCACAGCCUAAGCCUAAUCGCAAGUAUUUCUCUGUUUUACAAUGUUGUACAUGUUGUUUACAGCCAUGUUGUUAAGCUAAUUGCUGAUGCUGUAUCCGUUGGCUUCACAACAGAUAUGUGUUCAUUCCACGACAGGAGAUAUGUGAUGUAACACAUAUCGGUAUUGGCUGAUAUCGGUAUCGAAAAUUGAGACUUGAACACUCGGUUGUCGGUGGAAAAGCCAAUAUUGGACAUCCCUACUUGUUGGCCAUUUUGAACUUCUAAACUUAUUAAUUCUGCUUGUCAAUAAUAAUACAGUCGUCCUUGGCUACACCACGUUUCGAACGUAUCGCUCCGUUGCUCUAUUGUGGUUUUUCAACAAUUAAUUAAUAAAUGAUCACUGUUUCGUAGUUGACUACGGCCUGUUAUUAGUCCCAAAACAUUGUAAGCCAAGUCAUAUGUAGUAUUCUAGUCACAAGGCGUCAGUCAUGUUACCCUGAAGAGACAUUACCUUAGAUUACAUUACCUUAACAUUGCAUGGAGUCAGCCAUGGCAUAUCCAACAUGAUAGAGUUCUACUCCCAUUCCGUGGAAGUGGUCAUUUUUUUGUUUCUCACGUUGUCUUCUUCUUCUCCACUCUGUUUGAAACCCUUUCUUAAAUUUAGAACAAAUAAAUUGGAGGCUAACUAGUUAGCUCGGUUGAUUGCUACUGUAUAAGCUAUGAGCGGCGGCCGUCUCUGAUUACCCUGCGUGAUUUGGUAGCCUGUGCAUUAGUGCUGCGCAAUGUAGCGUAAACAUAGAGUAAUGGGAGUGUGACGGUGACUAUAGGGGUGGUAUUCCAUGUAUACAUGGGGCUCUAACAAUGGUAAAACGUAAUUAGAAAAUCAAAGAGGUUUUCUACCAGUUUAUGAAUAUUCGAUCCUACUUUGCAGAAAUACUAGAACCAAUUAAGUUCACACUUUACAAUAAGGUACACACAAAUACAGUAGUUACUCAGGAACUAAUGAGUAGAGGAGUUACCGAGGAACUAAGGCACAUAAAUUUAGAGUAGGGUUAGGGUUAGGUAGGCUCGUUCCUUAUUAACUUCUGUAAUUUUGUGUACCUUCUUGUAAAGUGUUACCCCAAUUAACCGCGAUAAACGAGGGACGACUGUAGUUUAUUUUAAUUGUUGACUUUGGAGCAAGGGUGACCGCACCACUCCAAAAAUCAGUAUUGUCAACACCAAACAUGUUAUUAUUCUCUUGCAUUGACCUGCCUGAGUCGUAUUAUGACUACACUGUGAUUAAAUGCUGGUGCUCUCCUUAGGCUUCACACAACAAAAUAGGUAGGACGGGGGAAAAUCGGUGUGCUUAUUGUUUCAUUAUUACCACGGUAAUACUGAAAAUAAAAUGAAAGAUGUAUGCAGUUGUUAUGUCUUCAUCACAAUGGAUGCGAUUGGCUUCAAACCAACACGAAGUGAACCCUAAAUUAAACAAAUGCACAAAACCUACACUAUAUGUUCAUAUCCCAUGUGGAAACUAUUACACUCUGUUUGUUACAUUUCUCAGUGUGUUGUGUUGAAGACCUGGCGUGCUGUGAAAUACUGUGAACAGAACUUUUAUAUACACAACCACCUUUAAAUCCCAUUUUAAAGCAGACGGUGUCGAUAUCCAACAGGAAAUGCCCGAUGCUAAUUCUCACAAUGACAGAAAAUACAAAUUGAGCUUAAAACCAACACUGCUGACAAAUAAAUUCAAAAGUCAGCAGAUGAAGAUGUAAAAAUGAAGGCCUGUGUGUUUUAUGAAGGUUGUGUGUUACUGAAAGAGAUGAGUUUAUAACUGUCAUUGUGCUGUAAAUGAGCUUGUUGAACUAAGCAGCACCAAUCACUUUAGACUCGUAUUUAUAGUUGAUUAUAUACCGUAUCGCUCUUCUCGGAUGAUCUCAGCCCUGAAGAUAUCGUUUAACAUGCAGUGCAAAGAUUUCUAUAUGUCUGUCAGUGUUGCAGCAAUCAAACAGCAAGUCCAGAGCUGGCGAUCCGUUACGUAAACUGACUGAAGCAAUGCGCCUCGUCCGACUCGCUGUACGGUGAGUUUCGUCGUACUCCCGUUCUCAUUCACGCCAACAGACGCUCUAAUGUGACAUCACCCACGAGAGAUGGACUUUUCCUGGGAUGAAAGUAGGAAGCCGCCCAACGUGUUUGCGAUGCAUGUGCACAGAUCACAUGAAGGGUCUGCUCUAUGGACAGCGGCAAUGAGCAGCUGCAUUGUAUAUACACUGAAGCUUAUGUCCAGCAGAUCUUUCUGCUGUUAAAAAAAGUGUAUGAUGCUUUGCCCUCAAAUUGUACUUGUCCGCUCUGUCUGUGUCAUCUUCCUCCUUUACUGUGCUUCAGAUAUUCUCUGGUAUGUCUAUAUAUACCACUGUAUGUUUUGCUACCUUUAUAGAAAAUG